UGUGACCAAUCAAUUUACCACGAAAGUCAAGAUGGCGGCCGACAGGGCCUCGACUAAAAACUUCAACUUUUCAAUGAAAAUUGACAUAAUGUUAGCCAGAAGAUAGAUUAUUGUCUUCACUUUUAGUUUAGAAUAGCAGAUACAGGUAAUAUCAGCAAUUUUACGAACAAAGGAUGGAUGAGACACCAGGAAUUCCUGGUUUGAGGGAGUGGUCCCCCUCUAUGGUGGGUACCAUGUCUGUCUUAGACCGGGGUGAUGCCCCAGCCCAGCUGGUGAUUGAAAGGAACCUAAAGGCUCAGGCUCAGCGCCAGGCUGACCAAACCAAAGAGGAACUAGAUCGCAUCACAUCCAGGGUCAACCAGACUGUGGCUGCCUUUGAACUCAAUGAAGAGAUGAUGGAUGAAAACAAAGCGGCGUACUUCGUUCCUGAUUUAUUGGAGCUUGAGAAGAUCAUCAGUGACACCAUUCUAAAGAGAAGAUAUCAGCAGCAGGUCAUGAUCUUUGUGGUUGGAUUUGAGGAAGUCACUGACCAGAGACUCAAGUUAUUGACCCAGAUCAAUGAUUUCUUUGGAACCUAUAUAAACAGUGUGGAUGAGGAGGAAUACAAACCUAAGGAGCCUGAAGUUGAUCUGGAGGAGGUAUCGGUGGCUGUGCAGGAAGCUCUGGAGACAGCAUCAAGUGCCACACAGAAACUCUCUGAUAUCAACACAGAAAUCAUCUCGUAUGUGGAGAAAAUGACCGGAGGCAAAGCUGCAUCAAAGAGUAAAAAGAAGUUGGAAAAGGCUCUACAACAAGCCAAAGAUGACAUCAUGAGUUUAACUGAGAAGCUACAGGGUGCUCAAGCAGAAAUUGAAGACAAGGAAGAUCAUAUGACAAGACUUUAUAAACAGAUUGAUAUGAAGAGCAUGGAAGUCUUGAAAUACAAGAAUGCAGCUGAUCAAGCAAAGAAAAAACUUGAUCAAAUCACCGAGCUGCAGUCGGAGAUUUCUGAGCGGGAUGAUGAGAUAGAGAGACUAAACAAGGCCCUAGAUGACAGCCAGCUGAGUUUAAAACAGCUGGAAAACUCAAAAGAGAACAGCUUUGCCAGACUUAAAGCAGCAAAUGAUGAAGGGGAGAAUAAAAAUCUAACUAUUGAGAAGUUACAAAGGAAGAUUCAAGCUCUAAACGUUCAACAAGGAGACUCUUGGAAUGAAUCUCAGAAGCAGUUUGAAGUCACCCUGCAGCAAGUGAGAGAAGAAAACAGGCAAGAGGUAGAGAACGUAAGAGAAGCACUCCAGGAUAGGAUUGAUGAGUUGGAGGAAGAGGCAUUGAAUCAACCCAAAGGCUGGGCUUCAGACUCAGAGGACGAGAGAGAACUCUCAAAAAGUUUGAGCCGAACAUCUGGGUAUUUAGACCAGGAACCAGAGUUUGACAUGACGGAGGUGGCGAGUAACGUCACCUCUCUGUCCCAGCCCCGAGAACCGGGCUGGGAUCUUGACACCUUGGGGGAUGAUAGAGAGCCAAGGAGUGGUCUUUCCAGCAGGCAUCCUUCAUCUGUAAGAAAACAGGAACUACAGAGCCAACCAGGAACACCUAAGACCCUGGAUCCCCCAAAGCCAAAGAACAUUAAUAAAGCGAUUGAAGAUGACAAUUCUAGGAACAAGUCUGGCACCCCAAAGAAAGCAAUGAGGACCAAGUCCAACCUAGAGCCGGUCCAUGAGGUCCCCUUUGAGGAGAAGAUUCCCCUUGAAGAGGAGGAGCGCUGGAGUAAAGUUCCUCAGGAACAGCUGCCAUCAGCUUUCAAGCAGUAUAGGAAAGAGGCUCUGUUCAUAGUCCAAGGCCUGCAGGAAAAGAUCAAGACGAACCAAGAGGAGAACCACAAGAAGGUCAAGCAACUUCGUAAUCACAUCCAGGUCAAGGAGGAGAAAUGGGACAAGGAGCGCAAUACCUUUAUCAAAAAAGUGGACUUAGCUCGAGACGCAGAGAGGGAGGCAGAGAAGGAAGCCGACAAUGCUGUCUCUCAGCUAGAGAGCUUCGUCAAACAACAUGAAGAAACAACCAAGAAUGCCAUAAAGCAGGAGCAGAAGGCUCUGAAGACCCUCACCCCUGAACAGAGAGCCAAGUACCUGGGUGAAUUCAACCCCAUAGAUAUGGUGAACCCCAUCACAGAAGAAAAGAACCCAGAGCAUGUGGAGCUGUUCAUGAAGCUCCAGUCCACCGGUAGGUUGAAGAAGAUGCCCACCGUUCUGCAAGAGGAGCUAGCAGCUGCCACCGAGGGCAACCAGAAACUUCAACAAGCACUUCUCAAGGUAACCACCGAUGCUGCUGACUAUGUAGGAACGGGCAUUGAUGUAUUGGAGUUGGAGGGAUCUCCAAGGAUUCGUAGGGAAGAUGAUGGAGGAGAAGGAGAUGGUGGGCUACCACACCCGCUGAAUGAUUUCCUCAUGGCUGAGCCGUCGAUGGAGAGCGGCAUCUCGGUGAAGAAGCCAGUUUCACGUUCAACUCAAAAGACUCCGCAACGAAAAUUACCUCCAAAGCAUGCUAAGAAACCAAACAACCAGCGUCAGCGGGCGGGUACUCAACCCCAACCCAAGGAAGAGCCCCAACUGAAGCGCUCAGUGACGCCUGCUAAUAGCACUGGCACAAUCGAUAACAAUGAAGAUGAAGUUAUUGAAGAGCUCAAUUUUGAGGAUGGUGAUGAGUACGAUGAAGAUAACAUCGAUGGUACAGAACUAGCCGAUCAGUUUGAAAAGCUCUUAGCCUCUGGCUUGGAGGGAGAGGAUGAGUUAGAGCGCCCUCUCUCAGCAAGCAGCCAUCACAGCCAGCAGUCUCUGUACGAGAAGUUCCGUGCCCAGCUGGAGCAGCGUAAGCAGGAGAUAGUGGAACGUAGGUCAAGAGCCACCUCCAUGCAUGGUUCACUGCUCAGCGCUAAGAGUGGCAGCUACAGGGAUCAAGCCCCCAGUAGGGACUCGGCCAUCAUGACUCCGCAAGGGGAUGUACCAUUCCCUGAUGAAGAAUAUGACGACCCAGGUAUGGUCCAAAAAUCUUCAGCCGAGAGCUCGACACGUCCCCAGCAGAGUGCUGCUGUCAGCCAUCAUGACCAAAUGAGCCAGGCUAGGUUAAGUACAGCAGGGUACCAGGGGCGUGUCAGCUCGCAUCUUGUGAGUAGAGCACCCUCUGUGUCUGAGAGUGGUGUCUCCAUGUUGGGGACGGACGACGAAGGGGGUUACUCUGCGGACGAGGAAGAAGCAGCAGGUGGAUUGUUGCCUAGAUUUAUAGCCACUGCUACAAGUGCUAAACUCUAUGAUGUUGAUAAGUUGGAUAUAGCUACCUCUCCCAUUGCAUAUUCAACAAUCAGUAAAUCUUCUAGGCAAUCCAUAGAAUCAAUAGCCGAUCAUCCAGUUGUACAGGAUUACCUCAAGACCUAUCAGCACGUCACAGACUUCAAGGAAAAUGUGAUGAAGCUCGUCUAUGACAAAGAAUUUGGAGCGGCACUGGAACAGCUGGCUGAAAUGAAGACACUACAGUUCGAUCGUGAUAGCAAUGUGCAAAGCCAAGUAUCACACAUGACAUAUAAUGUAGAAACUUUCCUGAAGGAGAUCAUCUCUAUCUUUGGAACUGUCAUGACCACACCUGAACCAGAAGCGGCAGUGUCUUCCCUAAUGAUCUCGAGAGCCGAUACAGGCAAGUCUAGAUUUGGAGGUCUAGGAUUCCAGCUCCUUCCUUCAGACGCUAUCCAGGAGGGCAUCCCGGUGGGCCUGGAGAGGGAGAUGACCGAUAUGACCUUCCAGUCCAGUGAGAGGGCCAAGGAAAUACAGGAAAAUUAUGACCGGCUGAAACAAGAGGCCGGCAAACAGCAGAUGGACUAUGAAGACAAGCUCAAUAACAACACUGUAAUGAUGAUGGAGAUGCAGAACACAAUACAGGAUCUACAGCAGGAGCUGCAAGCUUUAGAAGGAGCCAAAGCAAUGUCUUCAACCUCCAGGGUCUCCACUGCUUCGGCUGGCAGAGAUCUCCAGGUGGAGCCAACCAUCAUUUUCUCCAGGUCCGACUCAGAGAGGAACCAGAAAGCUCUCAAGAGGGGCAUCAGUGCACAAAGGGUGUCAGCAGAGCAGUACAAUGAAGCUGUGAGAGCAAUGGAACAGUACACUGUUCUGCCUGCUAAGAGGCUUGUCCAUAUUGUUCGUAAAUACUCCCAUCACACAGAGAUGAAGAAAAUUGAAGAUGAUGUAAGACAUAGCAACUCAAUAGACCAAGAAGUCUACACACUCUUAGAGAGAAUGGAAACACUCCAAAGUAAGAGAGCACAUCGGUGGGGUGAAGAGAUGGAUAACUUGACUGCAGAGAGGAAUCGAUUAGCUCACCUUCUGAUGGACACACUAACUCAUCUAGAACAAGAGUCUGGUAUCUUCAUGAUCAAACCAAUACUCUCAUGGAAGGGAAGAGGAUUCCAGCCUCAGUACCAGAGCAAGCUGUCUAGCUAUCAACCUCCCAAGCGUUUAUUGAGACCCAUCACCCCAGAGGACAGGAAAGGCACCCCCUUCACCGUUGUCCCUGCCCCCACCCCUGCUAACCAAGGCACCAAGGCUGGCUUCAGACCAGGAACAAGGAAUUCUUCCGGUACACCUGGAGGAGGGGGUGACACUCAUCGUCUCUACACAUCUUCGGGCCAUAACCCCAAUGGAGGGGCAUCCAUUAAGGGGUAUGCUGUGCAGAUGGUAGGGGAGGUGCCCCAACCCAUGUGGUCUAUGAGCACCUCCCUACCCACCCAUGCAGGGGAAGGGGCGGGCAGUGGUGGGGGAGGACUGACAGGGAGGCUCAACUUCAUGACCACACCCCGUCUCCUGGAGCUUGAUGUGAACAGGCUCUUGAUUGGACAGAACACAGUCUCAGCUGCUACCAAAGCCAUGAUGAGCAACGAUCGUCUUGUAAAUGCAGCUAAUAGCAGUGUGAGAUCGUAUGUGACGAUAUCAAGGCCUUCAACACAUCCUGCUGUGCCUAACCUUAGACCAUCUAGACCCAACUCCUCAAGUGAAGCGGAAAAAGCGCAGACCACACCCAGGUCACCACCACCCCCGACGUCCUCCAGCGCUGGUCCUCAUGGACGGACAAGAAGCGAGGGCGCACUUCAGAUGAGUCAGCCCCUCCCACCCAUCAAGGUCCCAUCUAAUGAUAAUAACGAGGAAGAUGAGAUCAUGAGGGGCACUGGGGGAUCUGAUUCUGGAUCGAGACUCCAUCCGUCUCCACCCCACACACCACCAGGUUCCUCCCUGAGACAUUCUCCUGCCAUCAUCGAUGAUGAAGAUGAUCCACGCCAAUCCCAGAAUGCAUCUCCCGGUCAUAUCACCAAGGUUUCCAUGCGAUCAGCAUCCCGCUCGUCAGAACACAACCUCAAAACAUGAUGGGUCUUCAAGAUGGUGUCAUCGGGAAGAGGCGAAGCUGACAAGGUGCUGUUAACCCAUUCUCCCCUGGAUGUGGUAGUUAUUGUAUUACACCUAUGGAAUGAGAGAACUCAGCAGUCACAGGAUUAAAUGACUUUGAUAUAAUUUUGAUUUGAACUUCACAGAUUGAACUCUUGUUAUUCUGGUCCAUAAUGUAAAUCAUGGGUCUAAUCACAUCAGUUAGAUGCAUGAAUGCAACAUCCAGACUUUCAACUUUAUGAAGGGAUAUAUAGAUCGAGAGGGGGAAGGAGGGAGGGAGAGAGAGAGAGGGGGG